AUGAGCCUCUCGAGCGAGCGCCAAGCCCGUCGGGGCUCCGACGGGGAGGAAGAGGAGGAGGAAGCGGAGGAAGAAGAGGGUGUUUCAGGAGAGGAAGGCAAGCCAGGAGGGCCCCCUGCUCCGGAGGAAGAAGAGAGGCCGGCGGAGGGUGCCGGGCUGGCCUUGCCCAAGCCGCCCUUCUCCUACAUCGCCCUGAUCACCAUGGCCAUCCUGCAGAGCCCGCGGCAGAGGCUUCCCCUGAGCGGGAUCUGCGCCUUCAUCCGCGCCCGCUUCGCCUACUACGGCGCCCGCUUCCCGGCCUGGCAGAACGCCAUCCGGCACAACCUCUCGCUCAACGACUGCUUCGUCAAGGGGCCCCGGGAGCCCGGCAGGCCCGGCAAGGGCGGCGAGUGGAGCCUCCACCCGGGCGCCCGGGACAUGUUCCUCCACGGCAGCUUCCUCCGGAGGAGGAGGAGGUUCAAGGGCGCCCCCAGGACGGACCCGAGCCGCCCCCCGGGAAGCCCCGCCGGGCUCCUGCUCCUCCCGGCCGCCCUCCAGCCCCUCCAGGCACUGGCGCCUUCCUGCUGGCCAAAGGACAAGCCGCACGAGUUGGGCGAAGACAAGGCAGAGCCGGGCUUGCGCAGGAGCAGGAGUGCAUCCUCUGGCCCUUCCUCUUGUUCUUCCUCGACUUCCUUGCAAGAGGAAAAGUGGCAGGUGUCAGUUGCAGCACGGCGUGAAGAAAAGGUCGAGGUGGCUUUGCGCCACGGCAGAAGCACCAACUCCUUCUCCUUCCCUUCUUCUCUUCCUUCCUCUUCUUUCAGCAUCGAGAGCAUCCUGGCCGGCAACCAAACGACCCCCGCUUUGGUCCCCUUCGGGGCGCUGCUCCCUCCCAUCUUCUCCUCCUCCCCCUCCUCCUCCUCCUCCUCGCUGGAUGCCCUAUGGAGCCAAUGCCCAGCUCUGUUACCUCGCCCUUCACGCCUCUUCUCGCCCCCCAGGAAGCCCUCCUUCUCCCACCACUUCGCAGCAAACCCGGGGCUGAUCCCCACCACAGAGGGGGUCUCUGCCUCCUUCUGA